GCUCGCAGCCAUGCCGGGCCCGGGGCGCUGAGCCGGCCCCGCCGCCGCCCCGCACAAUGGAGGAGGAGAGCAUUAAGCAGAGUUCCCGUUCCUCUGAGGCAGCUGAAGAUGAAAAGGACCAGAGGACAGUGACAGUCAAUCCCUCUCACAUGAGAAAGGCUUUCAAGGUCAUGAAUGAAUUACGGAGCAAGCGGCUCCUGUGCGAUGUGGUGAUUGUGGCCGAGACCGUGGAGAUGGAAGCUCACCGGGUGGUGCUGGCAGCCUGCAGCCCUUAUUUCUGUGCCAUGUUUACAGGAGACAUGUCUGAAAGUAAGGCCAAGAAGAUUGAGAUCAAAGAUGUGGAUGGGCAGACCCUGAGGAAGCUGAUUGAUUACAUCUACACGGCGGAGAUCGAGGUCACGGAGGAGAACGUGCAGGUUUUGCUGCCAGCUGCCAGUUUACUGCAACUGAUGGAUGUCAGGAAGAACUGCUGUGACUUCCUGCAGUCCCAGCUGCACCCCACCAACUGCCUUGGCAUCCGCGCCUUCGCCGACGUGCACGCCUGCAGCGAGCUGCUGCAGCAGGCCAACGCCUACGCAGAGCAGCACUUCCCUGAGGUGAUGCUAGGAGAAGAAUUUCUUAGCCUUAGUCUGGACCAGGUUUGCAGUUUAAUAUCAAGUGACAAGCUCACAGUCUCCUCUGAAGAAAAGGUCUUUGAAGCAGUUAUCUCUUGGAUCAAUUAUGAGAAGGAAUCUCGCUUGGAGCACAUGGCUAAGCUGAUGGAGCACGUUCGCCUGCCCCUUUUGCCCAGGGAUUACCUGGUACAGACAGUCGAAGAAGAAGCUUUAAUCAAGAAUAACAACACCUGUAAAGACUUCCUUAUUGAAGCCAUGAAAUAUCAUUUGCUUCCUCUGGAUCAAAGGCAACUAAUAAAGAAUCCCAGGACAAAGCCAAGGACCCCCGUUAGCUUGCCAAAGGUGAUGAUUGUGGUGGGUGGGCAAGCACCCAAAGCCAUUCGCAGUGUGGAGUGCUAUGACUUUGAGGAGGAGCGGUGGGAUCAGGUUGCUGAGCUUCCCUCACGGAGAUGCAGAGCAGGCGUGGUGUUCAUGGCUGGCAGCGUCUACGCCGUGGGCGGCUUCAAUGGCUCGCUGCGGGUGCGCACGGUGGACGUGUACGACGGCGCCAAGGACCAGUGGACGUCCAUCGCCAGCAUGCAGGAGCGGCGCAGCACGCUGGGGGCCGCCGUGCUCAACGACCUCCUCUACGCCGUGGGAGGCUUUGAUGGCAGCACUGGUCUGGCAUCAGUUGAGGCCUAUAGCUAUAAAACCAAUGAGUGGUUUUUUGUGGCUCCCAUGAACACAAGAAGAAGCAGUGUUGGAGUUGGAGUUGUGGAGGGGAAGCUGUACGCGGUGGGCGGCUACGACGGCGCGUCGCGGCAGUGCCUGAGCACGGUGGAGCAGUACAACCCCGCCACCAACGAGUGGACCUACGUGGCCGACAUGAGCACGCGGCGCAGCGGGGCAGGUGUUGGGGUGCUCAGUGGGCUGCUCUACGCCACUGGGGGCCAUGACGGGCCCUUGGUGAGGAAGAGUGUGGAAGUCUACGACCCAGGGACAAACACCUGGAAGCAAGUAGCAGACAUGAAUAUGUGCAGAAGAAAUGCAGGGGUGUGUGCUGUGAAUGGUCUCCUCUACGUGGUGGGAGGUGAUGAUGGUUCCUGCAACUUGGCCUCGGUGGAGUACUACAACCCCAGCACAGACAAGUGGACGUUGUUGCCAACCAGCAUGAGCACAGGGAGGAGUUAUGCAGGUGUGGCUGUGAUUCACAAACCCUUGUGACACACGAUCAAGCCAAUGUGAGGAGCAGAAGUGAAGUGGAUCCAGCUAGGUGGUGUUGGGAAGAUGACUGACCUCUGACUUGACCCAUCUCAUUGCUGUUAAUGUCUUAGCAUGACAAGUGAUGCGUUGCAAGCGUCAUCCACUCUGCAGUGGAUUGCAUAGCCAAGUGAAAAUCCCUCUGGGGACGUGUUCCAUGCUAGACACGAGGUGUUGCUUGUUAUCUGUGGUGCAAUCAGCUGUUCUUCUCGAUGGCAUGUGUCCUGAGAUAAUCACUGUGCUUGGACUGCAGGCACGGGAUUUUUUGUGUGAAACAAAACUGCUACGUUUGGGCAUGUGAGUAAAAACGAAUGUUUCUGGAUUUCUUCCCUACUGAUGCUCCGUGCACAUUGUUGGUUGAACUACUUACUCACUGUGCCUGGAGGGUGGACUUUAAUACUGGCAGGGGAAACUUCUGAGUUCCAGCAGAGAAAAACAGCAGAAAUGGACUGGAACAGGGUGGUCUGGCUCGAGUGUGGCGCUGUCUCAGCCGUAUGUUUGUACAUGCCACUGGACUGCUGUAUGUAUCCUGAAAUGCUUGUGGAAAUAAACACCAUGUGGUUUUUCUACUUGCCAUGAAUGCUGUGUGCUGUGCGUGCCGGGACCUGCUGGGCAGUGCCUUCCCUGGGGCUGAGCUCUCUGCACCUGAGCCACUCUGAACUUCCCAGCCCCACACAACACAUGCUGCUCCCACGGGCUUUGUUGCUCCUGUGAAACAAAUGUUGCUUGAAUAGAAAAUGUUCCCAACCCACACUUUUCAGCUGUGCUGAAAGCUUCAGUUCUAGCUCUGUCCAGCAUCUCAAUGCCAUUUCAUAAUAGAGCAUUUAGAUGUUAAAAAAAACCCUUAUGGUGCCAUUAAUGUAGAGACAUUCCGUGCAGCGAGAGCCCUCUGUCACCCAAGCAGGGAUUAAUGAGCCAAGUAAAAUAUCUGCAGUGUUUUAAUGCUUCCAGAGCAGGGAGAUUAACUAAUCACUGUCAAUGUAAUUGCUAUUUUAGUCUUGCCCUUACUAAAAGCAUUCCUUUAUUAGUAUCAAGAACUCAUAAGAUUAUUCAAAACAGACAAAUCUAGAUCCAGAUGUAAGGGACCUGUCUUGCUUAUUUACCAUAUUCCUAAAGUUUUCUGUUUAAGAAGAUGUUUGACUUUAAAAUACCUUUUUGUGUCUCCCUAUGAGCUCUGACAUGCUUCUGCAUACAGAGAGGAGCUCCCAGAAGCUCCUUAGCUAAAUGGAACUAGUGAAGAAAAAUAUUUUCUCUUCUCUUUUUCUUGUUGUUUGGGUUUGUUUUUUUUUUCUGUUUUCCCCUUGUAGAUCAGCUGAGGCUUUUUGUUGUGGGCAGCUGUCCAGAGUUGUUAUGCUGCUUCUGUCUCCAUAGAUCUGCUCUAUGUGACCUUUGACAGUAGAAAAGAAAAAUACUUAAAAAUUUAUUUCAGCGGGAUCCAAGCUGCAUCACCUUGUGCUGCUUUUGUAGAGGAGUGGGUUUCCUCUAUAAAUAUGUGUUCUUUGGUGUUUGAGUUGACACAGUAAGAUGGGUGCCUGUUCAUGGUGGGGAAGCAGCCCCUGCCUGUGUUGUGUCACUGCCCUGCAGAGGGGCUGCCCUUCCCUUCAUAGGGAAUGUGAGGUAGCUCCCACUCCUCUUGGGAUCUUCUUGCUUUCACAAACAAGGGCAAACUGUCUAAAGAAAAGGCAUUACUGCUCUUUAUGUCUACCCUUCCACUGUAUGUGAGCUCAGAGAUCUUGAAAAUAGUAAUUAAGGAAAAAAAAUAGUCCUUUCCAUAAUACCCUUUAAACCUUUUGCUUUGAGUUUUACAAUCUGCAGAGAAAUGUGCCAAAAUCAUAGUGUGACAUGCUGCUCUCCUCUGAGGUGUUGCUAACUGUCAAAGCCAUUGGGGCUGGUAGGAAUGUAUCCCAGUAGGGAUGUCUAUCCCAGUAGGGAUGUCUAUCCCAGUAGGGAUGUCUAUCCCAGUAGGAAUGUAUCCCAGUAGGGAUGUCUAUCCCAGUAGGAAUGUCUAUCCCAGUAGGAAUGUCUAUCCCAGUAGGAAUGUCUAUCCCAGUAGGGAUGUCUAUCCCAGUAGGAAUAUUCUCCUGACUGCAGCUGCCUUCAGAUCAGAGUCCUGAGAUGCACCUUUAUGGUGGCAUAAGGAAGGUGCUGAGGCCUCAGCUGGGACAGACCCAAAUUCACUGGCCCAAAAGGUGGUUCCCUUCUAUGCAGCCUGGGAAUAAAGGACAAAAUGGGACAGACAAAGCAUUUCAGUGCAAGGUAGCAUCUCUUGUUAGGCAGAGGUGACUGGACAAGGCUGGACAAGCAUUUGGGCGCUUGUUAGGUCUGGUACAGACAUAAAGCUAAAUAAACUCCUGUAUAAGCUACUGUGCAGCCCAACUGCAGCUCAACAGUUGGGAACAGCUCCCAGCCAACAUUCCCAGACCUCUGGCUUCACUGGAGUAAAGGCCAAUAUUACCCAGAGACUGAGAAUUUAUGUGGGCUGGAGAUAAAAAAAUUGGUAGGUACUGCUAGAGAGGUGCAGGGCUGCAAUUUGCUGUGUUUGUCAGGUGGCAAAAGUGGGCAUACCUGGAGGUGGGAUAAUUUUAUCCCCUGCUCUCCAUCUGUUCAUAGAACUUUCUUAAUUACCAGGUUUUGGUGGUUCUCUGCUCUUGUAAAAUGGCAUUUCUGCCCAGUGCUGGCCCAGAGCUGGCAUGCUGGACAGGGCUAGGACUCACAGCCCUUGCCAGGGAUGGGUGAUGCUGUUCCCAGCCCAGCCAGUGCUCCUCGUGGUGUUCCCUCCCUUCCUUCCCAAACGUUGCAGUGUUAUGCAAGUCAAGUGACCUCGUUUUCCAGCUAUGCAAUACAAACAACAUGUGAUGAACCAGCUGUGCCCCCCCACCCCCAAAAUGCUUUUGGAAUUUGUCUUUGAUGUGUGGUUUCGUGUUUGUAUUGUUCAUUUUGAGCACCUGAGCCAGAUCCUUUACAGAUUGCCUUUUUCUAGGACUGAAAACGUAGCAUUAGUACUAACAAAUUUUAUUGUAAAUAUUUUUAUAAGACAAUUGAAAAUAAUUUUUGGACUGCUUUUUAUGGUCUUCAAUGACAUUUCUGUAUCUAAUUCGUGCACUCCAGUGUGGUUUUUGCUGGCUGUGGUGUAGGUGUGACUCUGUAUGUUCUCUGCACAAGAAAUGCCAUGUUGUAAGGAAGAUCUGGGAUAGCUGCUGUGCUGGUUUUAAUGUUAGAAGGACAGCACUGGGCUCCACAUUAUGAGAUAAAUUCAGACCCAUUACCUCAGUCACCAGUAGGCCCUUAGAUUAUUGGUUAUUUUACAAUGAUUCCAAUACCCUGAUUUAAUCUCCUUGUGCCAUGAGUUUGGUUCCUGGGUAGUUUGGAGGACAAGCUGUCACUUGGUGGUUUUGUUUCUUGUCUCCUGCAUGAGUUGCUUGAAGACAGAGAUACUGCCCACAACAGUCUGGGCACAACCCCCAGAAUGCCAAGAUCAGACAAAUUAUUGCAGAAGUUUUAGUAAAGCUUUACAGACCAAACCUUAACCUCUUCCUCAUGUUGGUCCUUGGUGAAUAUGAACACUUUCCUCAGCUCCUUCUGUUGUAUCUCGUUUUGGGGUCACCCUGUGCUUGACCCCUGUGGGACUCUGGCCCAGGGUUUCCUAAAGGGGAUUUUGCUCCUGCAGAAAAGCCCCGAGGAUGAGCCCCAGCCCCAAGAGCAUCGUGUGUGGUGCACACCCUGCUGGGCUUGCACUGCAGGGCAGAAUUGCCCCAAGCAAGCUGUUGUUUAAACAAGUCUGAAUGAGGUCCAUCUUUUCCACUGGUGCCUAAUAGAGAAAUUGGGGCGUUUAAAAUCAAUUUUCAGUUCAUUCAGUUUAUCCAAACAGUGUCUUUUUAUGGAUGUGUACAACAAGUAAUUACCAUGAAUACACUUGGCAGUGUUUGCAUGUCACCACCAUGAAAGCUUGAUACUCUUCUCUGGUUUAUGUUGUUUGGAGACCAAAAUCCUUAAUAUCCAGCAAGGUGUGGUGCCUGUUCCUGAAGCCAGUGAUGGCUCAACAGGUAAAUGCUGUUCAUCAUGCUACUGUGAUGGUUCAACAGAUGAAUGCAGCUUGGUCUUAACCUUUGGGAUUCAUUACUAUAUUGUCAAAGCAGUUCUCCCCUUUGCCCACAUCAUGCCCAAAAAUCACUUUCAUGUGAGCAUUGUUGCUCAAGGCUGCAGUGUUUGGGAGUGUGCUAGAUAUCAUGGUCUGAAUAUGGGCUCAUCCACUUUUUUUCAUCCUCCUUUAUCUUUGUUUAUGGGUUUAUAAAUUAUUUUCCUCUUCAGUGACAAUAAAUAAAUAAAUAAAUAAAUAUUGAUAAUUUUAAUUUGUAUAUUUUAUGUAUAAAGACCCUCAAGGGUAAUGAAUGAUUGUGAAGUAAUUUACUUGGGUGAGAAAAAAUUUUGGUUUUGUAAACCAGACUACUUUGGUUCAGUAGCUGACAGUAUACUCUAACAAGUUUGUUGACUGUUUAAGCUCAUUUUUUAAAUUAAAGAUUUUUUUUGCAUGAGUGUGGAGGACAAAGGACUUUGCAAAGUAUCUCUCUUGACAGCUGUCUUGUCCAGUGCGAUGAACAACUCAAGAAACAUUCUUCACUGACAUAUUAUGAAAGAAAAUCACACUGUAGUUCCCCAUCAUUUAAUUUGAAUAAAAACUGGAUUAAUGAAA